AUGACGAUCUGUGCUUAUAACGCCCGAACGCUUGCAUCGGAUGCGGCCACUAAAGAUCUGAUGAUGCAAGCCAGGAAGUUUAAGUACGACGUCAUCGGACUGACCGAGAAUAGGCGACGCCACCCACUAAAUGCCGUGCAUGACACUGGGGAACAACUGUUCUUAGGAACAUGCGACAGUAAAGGAGCUGGUGGAGUUGGUGUCCUCGUCAACACGAAUAUAGCAGUAAACAUCCACUCUUUCGAACAACAUAUAUCCCGACUCGGACGUUUAUGGAUGAGAAGAUCUGGUUCAACACCAGCUUUGACAUUCUUCGUCGUUUACGCUCCAAUAUGA